AACUUCUUUGGCUAUAUUUAAUUCGCAUUUGCAGUUGAAAUAUUUUAAUUCUUAAUUUAUAUUUUUUUUCGGGCGAAAAAUACUUAUUAUUAAUCGCAAUCACUUGUGUUUUUUCUAUCAAUAAUAGAGUAGAGUUCUUUCAUUAACACAGGAAUCUAUGUGUUCAAAGUCUAAAUUGAAUUAAAUUAUAUAGAUAAAUAUAAAGUAUCUUCACGUGCGUUUUUAUAACUUGAAAAAAUUGUUCAAUUAGUCCAAGUAUAGAGUACAUCAAUAUGGCAUAUAUAUCUCGUUUUACUAUGCUUACGCUGCCCAGACUAUGUUCUAUUAAUUCGUCAACAUUCGUAACACUUCAGAAAUACUCGUAUGUAUUUAUAAAGACUGAGGCUGUUUUUGAUAAUAUUCCUAAAAGUACAAUUGCUGCUGUAUUUCCAGUUAACUUUGUUAGAUCCGUGACAACCAAAAAGGUCUUACUUACUAAACCACAAAAUUGUAGAUAUUCAAGUUUAAGUUCAGCAAGGUCGUCAACGAUAAAUACGCCAUAUAAGAUGACAGAAUUCGAUAGUCGACGAAAUUUUCUCGUACAAGAGAUUACCAAAAAUCUGAUACUUUUUACAAACAAGUCCUUGAAGAAAGAAUUGAACAUUAAUACUCUCGAACUUAAAGCAACAAAUACAGGUCCCCUUGUGCUAAUGAUGGCCUGGCUAAUGGCUAAACAAAAACAUUUGAAAAAUUAUGCAAAAUUUUAUACGGAUAUGGGCUUCGAUGUACUAGUGGUUCAAAUCUCACCGUGGCAAUUGUUAUGGCCUACAAAAGGCGCUCAAGUUGUUGCAGCCGAUGCCAUAAAAUUUUUGGAAAAUAAUACAUCAUACGGACCUAUUAUUGUACACGGCUUUUCAGUAGGUGCCUACGCAUUUGGGGAAGUUAUGUUGCAGAUGUCUGAAGAUAUGGAUCGAUAUUCUCAUAUAUUAAGUAGAAUUUGGUGUCAAGUUUGGGAUAGUGCUGCAGAUAUAACAGAAAUACCAAUUGGUUUACCAAAAGCAAUCUUUCCAAAAAACCAACGUAUGCAGAAUGCUUUGCGGAGUUACACACUUUAUCAUUUAAAGACAUUUCAUAAUCAAGCCACAAUACACUAUAUGCGCUCUAGUCAAAUGUUUCAUUCUACCAUUUUGAAGAAACCUGCUCUUUUUUUUGUGUCAGAAAAUGAUCCGGUUGGGCCACCUUCAUCGAAUAAAGCAGUAUGUAAAAAUUGGGAACGUGCUAACAUUAAGGUGACAUUUCAAUGCUGGCAGCAUUCAGCACAUGCCGCUCAUUUCGUGAAACAUCGUGACGAGUACAUCGGGCUUCUUGUUAAACAUUUAGAAGAAUGUGGGGUUUUAGAUACGGUUAUUAUUAGAAAGUAUGCUAAAUUAUAAAAAAAAGGUAAUGAAAAUGAUAAGAAUUUGUUUCCUUUUUACAACCUGGACAAUUUGUGUGUAAGGAUGUAUUAAGUUCGUGCGGAGUUGUAUAACAACCGGAAGGUUGUAAAAUAUGUAGUUAUACCGAAAAAUCUGUUUUAUCAAUUUAACAUUGUCCGCUUGUUUGAUGCCUGUCCAAGUAAGUUAGGUUUCUUUCAUGAGAUAAGGUAAUCAAUCCAUUAAUAUAAGAAGAUAUCGCCGUGAAUAUAUUUAGUAAACUUAAAUUCGAAAAAUAGCUACCUGUGUACAAUCAGCAAGCAAGACCUGGAAGAAGGCAUAAAAGGUUGUGACAUUUUAGGUUUGCCUUUGGGUUUGUCUAGGUGACAAAAAGUGCCGAGGACAAUUGUUGCAUUUACCUUGCAAGAAAUAAGAGAAGAACCAACUGAUACUGGAGGCGAAGAAAAAAACCUGACUGCCUUGCUCUUCAGAUUGCGAGUGAUGACGAGUUCUAAUAACAACUUUGAGUUUUUUAU